AUGAGCUACUGCUGCAACCACAACCACAGCUGCCCCCACGACCACCACAGCCGGCAUGACGACUACCACAAUUCUGGUCGCAACAACCACAGCUGUUUCGACUACAAUAACAGCAGCAACCACCACAAUCACAGGAGCUGCCACCACAACAAUUUCUGCUCCAACUACGACCACAGCUGCUGCUAUGACCACCACAGAUGCCUCAACCACAAAUGUAGUCACAACACCCACAGUUUCUCCCACAACAACCACUGGUGUUGCCAUCACAACCACAGCUGCUCAUUCAACAACCACAGCUGCUCCAAUUACAACCUCAACGACAUCCAUGAUGACCAUCAUAGCUCCUGCCAUGACAACGACACCUGCAACUGCUGCAGCAGCCACCACAACCACAGAUGCUGCAACAACAACCACAGGUGCUGCCAUCACAACCACUGCUGCCCCCACGACCACUACAGCUGGCAUCACAACUACCACAGUUUCACAUUCAACAACCACAGCUGCUCCAACUACAACCUCAACUACGUCCAUGAUGACCACCACAGCUCCUGCCAUGACAACGACACCUGCAACUGCCACCACAACUACAGGUGCUCCAACUACAACCACAGCAAUCACAGCUGCUCCAACUACAACCACAGCUUCUGUCACAACAACUAUACCUGCUCCCACGACAACCACAGCAGCUGCCACCACAACCACAGCUGCUCCAUCUACAACCGAAAAUGCCCCCACAACAACCCCAGUUGCUCCAACUGCAACCACAACAGACGCAAACACAACCACAGCUGCUGCCACAACAACGACAGCUGCUCAAACUACAACCACAGCUGCUCCAACAACAACCACAAAUGCCCCCACCACAUCCACAGCUGGCAACACGGCUACCCCAGUUGCUCCCACAACAGACACAGCUGCUUCUACAACAGCCAGAGCUACUAA